AUGAAAUGUGAGUCGGGUUCCGCCGUUAAUUCCGCUACUGGAAUUUCUGCUUCAAAUAUGAAUGCGCUCUCUUCCUCCGGUCUUCUCAGUGGAGGGAUGUAUUUCACCCGGGUUGAUGUUUUACCGGACAGAUUCAACGUAGAUGCCUUCAACCUUAGCGAUAUUUUGCAAAUUAUACGCCCACAGCUCUCCAUUCAUUUCAAUUUUAUGAUAGACAUAGAGUGGUUACUUCAACAAUAUCCUGCACCAUGUAGAGGUUCUCCUAUAAUUUGUGUUGUCGGAGAGAAAAUGGGAACUGACAAGAAAAGUUUGCAAGCGGAAGUUGAUGUCAAUAAAUGGAGUAAUGUUUCCGUUCUUGGUGCCACCCUUCCUAUACCCUUUGGCACCCAUCAUACUAAGUUGUCUAUUUUCGAAUCCGAAACAAAGUUGCAUGUUGUUGUAUCAACCGCAAAUCUUAUAGAAGGUGACUGGGAUCAAAAGACACAGUGUUUUUAUUACGCGACUGGGACAUUCUCUGACGGUGAUACCACCGAAAAUGAAUUCGCCAAUGAUUUGUGCGACUACCUAGCUGAGUAUCAUCUGCCUGAUAUCACUUACUGGAUAGAUCGUAUUAGAAAUUCCGAGUUCACUGGUAUUUCUGAUCGCUUGUUGUUCUCCGUGCCAGGAUAUCACAAAAGUUCCCGCAUUAGCAAGUUUGGUCAUCCUUCUCUUCUUCGCCUUUUGGGCGACCGCCCGACACCAAAAGAAGAUGCGCGUCGAUUGUUCCUUGCACAGUGCAGCUCAAUUGGUUCGCUAGGAGAUAAACGAGAGGCAUGGCUUCUUCCCCAGUUCUUGCAUUCCUUGCAAGGAGGAAAGAGUCUAGUGUUUUCGCGACUUUUCCUCAUAUAUCCUUGCGUAGAGGAUGUGAGACACUCUCUAGAAGGUUACAGCGCUGGGGAUUCUCUACCUUAUCAGGAAUCUACAUCUAAACGGCAACCAUGGCUAAGGGAGAUCAUGUGCAAAUGGAGAAGUGAAGGAAAGGGUCGUACUAAGGCCAUGCCGCAUGUAAAGACGUAUACGGAAAUCGUAGAUGGUGUCCCGCAAUGGAUUUUAAUAACUAGUGCAAAUCUUUCAAAAGCAGCUUGGGGCGAUUUUCAGAAAAACAAAACUCAACUAAUGGUGCGUUCGUAUGAACUUGGUGUGCUAAUUAUGGAUCCAGAGCGAAUUAAAUUGCCAUAUGACUAUCCUGUAGUAAAAUAUAGUCAGAAAGAUGACCCAUGGAUAUGUGACAUGUCAUACACAGAAGCGGACAGCCACGGAAGGCAGUGGAUUUCUGAUGUAAAUACGUUGUUACCGGGUGUCUGGCUCAAUGACAACAUAAUAUCGUUUGCUUGCGAAUUUUUGCUGGAUAACGCGCCUGUUGAAUUAAAGCAGCAAGUUGCUAUUAUUGGCGCUGCUUCUUGCGAACUGAUCAGAUAUUCUGGUGAUGAGACAGUGAUCCGUGAGAUCUUUACAUCUUUGGAUUUCUUCAACAAAGACAAGAUCCUUUUCGUUCUUAACGACCGCGAAGACCCGACAAUUGUGGGAGGUUUCCAUUGGUCGCUACUUAUUCUUGAAAGGAGGGCAGCUCACUUUCGUUAUUAUGACAGUACUAAUCCUGCAAAGGUUACUGUUGCGAAACAGCUGAUGAGUAUCGUUACUCAAUUUUUGGACACAAAGGAUGUCACUUUCACCGUAGAAGAUUGUCCGCAGCAACAUAACAGCUUUGAUUGUGGGAUGUACGUAAUAGAGUUCGUUCGACGUGCAUUGAAGCCGCCAAAUGUGGAUCUGCCUUCCCAGAUUGAUGCUAAGUACAUCGAGAUGGAACGACGUUUUUGGCUUGAUGUCAUCAGCUCAUUGGCGACGGAUUCAAAACAUCAAAGCUUAAUAAUCUACAUGAUCACACCAUCAUUCAGUAUAGCUCAAGAUGAUAAGCUGCUAGUGUUCACGAUACGAGCGCCGUAUGCUAAAAUAGCUGAUACCGAAAUCGAAUAUGCUGAUGACAUUUUCAUGUUCUCUGCACCACCUUAUUACCUGAGAGUCCAUCUUCCGCGAGAAGUCGUUGAUGACAAUUCUGGAUCUGCAAACUACGACUCCACACUUGGCGAGUUUACCGUACGUGUACCAAAGAAGAAUCCUGGAGAAAACUUCCCUGGACUUGAUAUGAUCACUGAACUUCUAAAUCCGCAAAGAAAAAUAUCAGCUCAAAAAUUGGUUGAGGAAAUCGUUGAUGAUGCUGACGAAGAUGUCGAGGAUGACAGCGAGUACUUUACCGAGCAGAAGAUCACCGAUGUACGCGUUGCAUGCAGCGACGACUCCACCGGCAGUUGCAAUUAUGGUUUCGCUUGGAGAAGAAAGGGGAUACUAGGUCAACUAAGCAAAGAAAUUGGAGGUCUUGUUGAGCUACCUGAUCCGGAGAAUUGUCCCAUUCACGAAAGAGGCAUCAAAUGCACAGAGAAAGACGUGAAGUCGUUUGAUCCAGAACGAUACUUGCUGGAUUUCUUGGAUCCUGAAGAAAGCCUUCAGCAUGCUAUUCAAUCCCAGUUUGGUCUUCAGUUAGAUAUUGACGCUGAAGAUAGGAAACGACUCAAAGAUUUCCCGAGAAAAAAGCUACCGAAGUUGUCACAAGAGGAACAGCGGCUGGUUGCUUUCUCUCUAAUUGAUAUUGUGUUCGCAUUUUCGUACGACUCAAGAAUUAAUGAAUGGGAAGUAUGCUGCGAAACGGGAUGGAACAUCGUCAAACUGUCGCCUAGUUUAAAUUUUCUUUGUCAGUGGAAAAGCGCACACGAGGCGUUUACUAGUUGCGUAAGGCGAUCGUUAUGCUACCCACUGUACAGGAAUUGGGAUUUAUCAGUGAAAGUUGUUGCCGACACUAAACACAUCAUACAGAGAGGACGGUCCGCUUUGUUACAUAUUUUGAGUAAGAUCCACGGAGUGUUGAUUAGCUCUGGAGAAUUUCGUUACCUGUAUAAUGACCUCUUUAUAACUGACUACUGCUUAUGGAUACAGUAUGUUGAUGAGGCAGUAAUAAAAGCACUCCAGGAAGAAGUAGCCGAAAUUCAGGUCCGGAAGUCAGAUCUUGAGCUAGACCUUGAAGAGCUCGAGCUUGAAGGACGAAUGGCGGCCAUGAGAGUGAAGGAGCCUCAACAGCUCGACAGCGACGAUGAACCAGAAUAA